AGGAUUUUUUUUUUUUAGAAGCUAACUCCUGCCCAGCCAUGAGGAUCUUCAACCUGUUCUUCUACCUGCUCCUGCUGCUCGUAGCUGCUGUAGCACCAGCCUCCUCAGCCAGACCAGGUAAGCAUCCCAGAACUGCACCGUCCGGACAUUUCAACAGGUGUCCAUUAAAACCGGCCGUUCAAACACAGUUUGAACGUUCUAUAUCACUGCGCCGGGGCAGAAUGAGUCCAAACAAUAAAACCCAUGACUGCUUGCUCAACAGAGGACGCCUUUUUAGACCUUCAGAACUAUACUUACCUGAUUUCCUGAACCUGAGGAGAAAAUACCACAGGCACCACUGCCCACACAGACGCUGCCUGCCCCUCCACUCCAGAGUCCCCUUCCCCUGAGGUUGAAGCACAAGAGAAAGGAGAGAAGUGUGAAUAUGAAGCAACUUGUGGUCCAAACAUCAACAGGAAGGCUCCAAGUGAUAAGAUGGCGAAGUGGGAAAAACUCUUCAGGACACCAUGAACAUGCCAUCCAAAGAGCCUCAGGAAACUGUGUUCACAACCGAGCUCAACUUGAGCUUGUGCUUGACUGACUCUUCAUUCCAAACAAAAUAUAAACCGCAAGAUGUUAGGCCGUGCCGGUGGCCACAGAUCUGAGUUGUAAGCAACUUCCCUCUUCAACCAUGAAAGCCAUUACUGAAAAAAGAACAAGGGGAAAAGGGAGCCACAGAAUCUGUCAUUGUGUGUGUUCGACACCCACAGCUACGGACCAAAGAGCUGGAGGCAUCUUAGCGACUGCAGCUACGAUGAACAGCAUCCACAUAGUAUUCCUCCAAAGUGUUUAUAAUGCAUGUAUGCACUUGAAAUGUUUAUUGAAAACUUUUUAAUAAAAAAAAAAGAUGUAUUAAAUG